AUGAUCUUUCCAACCGACCCGUUUAAUUCCAUCCCACCCGUUUAUUCCAUAACACCAGUUAAUUCCAACCCAUCCGUUUAUUCCCACCCCCGUUUAUUCCAACACACUAAUUUAUUCCAACCUACGCCUGUAUACCAACUGACCCGUUUAUUUCAUCUUACCCGUUUAUACCACCUGACCCGUUUAUUCCAACCUACCCGUUUAUUCCAACCUGACCCGCUUAUUCCAACCACCCAUUUACCCAACUAUUUCAUCCUACCCAUUUAUGCCAACUGGCCCGUUUAUUUCAUACCACCUGACCCGCUUAUUCCAGCCAACCAUUUAUACCAACUGGCCCGUUUAUUUCAUCCUACCCGUUUAUGCCAACUGGCCCGUUUAUUCCAAGCUACCCGUUUAUACCACCUGACCCGCUUAUUCCAGCCUACCCAUUUAUACCAACUGGCCCGUUUAUUUCAUCCUACCCGUUUAUGCCAACAGGCCCGUUUAUUCCAAGCUACCCGUUUAUACCACCUGACCCGCUUAUUCCAACCUACCCAUUUAUACCAACUGGCCCGUUUAUUUCAUCCUACCCGUUUAUGCCAACUGGCCCGUUUAUUCCAAGCUACCCGUUUAUACCACCUAACCCGCUUAUUCCAGCCUACCCAUUUAUACUAA